UUGAAACGUGAAAGCAAAACAAUAAACAACAGAAAAAGGUUAGAUUGCUUUUCGAACAAAAGGGAAAAAAAUUAGGCGAAAUGUAUUUUCCAUUUGUGAUUCAAUCCACCAUUGAAGAUCCCUUGACCUGUUGACAACAACAACAAAGCAAAGAUCCCUUUGCUGAUCUUGUCAAGGCUUUUGUGAAUAGUCUUCUCGUUUCUUCUUCUUCUUCGUCGUCGUCUAGUUGACACAUAAAAAAGGUAUUGAUAUAUUUUUUGCUUACAAUCUGAAUAAAGUUUGAUGGGAGGAAAUAAUUCGAAAGAAGAAUGGAGGCAAGAGCCGUCAUCAUCAUCAUCAUCAACAACAUCAUCAACAUCAUGGGCUUCUCAUCAAAGUUAUCCUCAAUAUGGACCAGAUAGCUACAACUAUCCUCCUGCACCUACUUAUGCUCCUGCUCCGGCUCCAGCUCCUGUUCCGGCUCCAACUCCAGCUCCGGCUACGGCUCCGGCUUCAGCUCCGAGUUUUGGCCACCAUCUUCAGCCGCCGUAUAGCCAAGAGGGCUAUGCGUAUCCUUAUCCUCCUCCACAGGCUUCACAAAGUCAUGGUAGUGACGGGAAGAAAUUUGAUCGGAGGUAUUCCAAAAUAUCUGAUAAUUACGCGUCUUUAGAUCAGGUGUCGGAGGCUCUAGGGCGUGCAGGUCUUGAAUCUUCGAAUUUAAUUGUUGGUAUUGAUUUCACCAAGAGCAAUGAAUGGACAGGUGCCAAUUCUUUCAAUAGGAAAAGUUUGCAUCAUAUAAGCAAUACUCUAAAUCCUUACGAACAAGCAAUAACUAUCAUAGGAAGAACUUUAGCCGCCUUUGACGAGGAUAACCUAAUUCCUUGCUAUGGUUUUGGAGACGCAUCAACUCAUGAUCAAGACGUGUUUAGUUUCUAUCCAGAGGGUAGAUUCUGUAAUGGAUUUGAGGAAGUACUAGCUCGCUAUAGAGAAAUUGUACCUCAGCUUAAGCUCGCAGGACCGACUUCUUUUGCCCCCAUUAUUGAAAUGGCCAUGACAGUGGUUGAGCAGAGUAGUGGCCAAUAUCAUGUGUUAGUGAUUAUAGCCGAUGGACAGGUUACAAGAAGCGUCGAUACGGAACAUGGGCAGUUAAGUCCGCAGGAACAGAAGACUGUCGAUGCAAUUGUGAAAGCAAGUACACUUCCUUUGUCAAUAGUCUUAGUUGGGGUCGGAGACGGACCAUGGGACAUGAUGCAGGAAUUUGAUGAUAACAUACCGGCCCGAGCUUUUGAUAAUUUCCAAUUUGUGAACUUCACGGAGAUCAUGUCAAAAAACAAAGAGCAGUCUCGAAAGGAGACAGAGUUUGCACUCUCUGCUCUCAUGGAGAUUCCUCCACAGUACAAAGCGACGAUAGAGCUUAACCUUUUAGGGCAAAGAAAUGGAACUAUCCCAGAGAGAAUCCCACUUCCACCUCCGGGGCAGUGCGGAGCAACAUUCUUCAACCCGUCAAAAACUUCUCGAAUACCGAGCUUUGAACCGAGUGUACCUACUUAUCCGAUUGAAAGCAAGCAUAUGGACGAGAACCAGUUGUGUCCGAUAUGUCUGAGCAAUCCCAAAAACAUGGCGUUUGGUUGCGGCCAUCAGACAUGUUGUGAAUGCGGACCAGAUCUUAAGGUGUGUCCGAUUUGUCGUGCACCCAUCCAGACCAGAAUUAAGCUCUACUAAUUGCCCAGUGUACAAUCCAUCUUCUCCCGAGAGAAUUCAGAUCUUUCUGUACAAAAAAUAAACCAAAGUGUUCUUUUGUUCUUUGAUUGAUUUCCGAAACUUAGCUCGUUCCCAAAUUUCUUGACUUCUUUAGUUGUUUUGCUUGGAUUGUAAUAAACUAAUAAUAAGGGUACAUUAUAUUAUAUGGUUUUCUCUUGA